AUAUUGAUUUCAUAACAAUCUUGUGUUAUAUUUUUAACGAUAUACCAAAAUAUUUAUAUUUUUCAAUAUAUAAAUUAGUUUAAUUUAAAUAUUAAAAAUUUAAUUAUAAAAAUUGUUCUAUAACCGAUUUAUCUUCCAUUACCAAAUUACUUCUAAUUGACUUCAAAAUUAAAGGGAACAACAGAUCAAAACCGGUGUCUGUGGCCGGGUCUUGGUAUCUCCCUUCCUUCGUUUUGCUUCAGUCUAGAGCUACAAACGGAGAGAGAUUGUGUUAGGGUUUAUAAGGCAAUGGCAAGUUCUGGGAGUUCCAUGCUUUACUCCUUUCUCAUGUUCACGGUCAUUCUGUCUCUUCAAGAAAUGUAUAGAGGGAAGUUAGCAUCCUCGGAAUUAUUUACCAUCCUUGGAGGGUUCAUUAGCUCUCUCCUUUUUCUUGUGUCGCUGACAUUUAUUGGAAAUUUCCAGGAAACCUGUGGCAUGAGGACUGGCUGGGGAGCUGUUAUAUUAGCGGAAGCUGUUGCACUUAUUGCUGCAAGCACUGUCCAUCGAGUUUGUAUAACAACAUGUUUCUUGUUCUCUGCUGCGCUGCUGUAUGAGAUCAACAAGGUUUCAGACUACAUGGUUUCAAAAAGCGAAUCCAAAGCUAAGAGACACUGAGGCAGAUGUCAUUACAUGCUUAGAUGAAACUUCAAUUCUUCAUUAUCUGAUAUAAGAAUAUUUUCAAUAAUGCAGACUUUAGAAGCUUAUUGCAUACCUCCAGCUUUUUUUUUUUGGCCUUAGUAUCUACAGGAUCUUGAUGCAGAGUCUUACUCCCUCGUUUGAGAGAGAUCAAGUUUUUUAACAUAUUAUAUUUCAUGUCUAAAAUUUUGGAAUCUCUUCUAUAUAAUUUUCUUAUUUUGGGAUA